AAAACGGACUCAGGGUAAAUCACUAAUCUGUAUCUGGCCAGCGCUCAGGCAGACGGCCCCUAGAGCUAAGAACUCCCUGCUGGAGGAGCCGCCCUCGGGUGAGGAAGAAGAGUCCUAAACCAGCCUCUCUUCUAAGGGAGAGGAGUGAAAUCCACCUCCCUGCUACCCUGGGAGCUGGGAGAACCAUGUCCAAAGGGAAGGUCUGCCUGGUGCUGCUGCUGCUUCUAGGGGCCCUGGUUGCUGUGGUGGUUCUUGCUGUCUUUCUCACUCGACCCUCCUGCACCCCUGGGCUCUACCUGGAUGCUGCAGUAGCAGCCGACACCCAGACCUGCUCCAACAUCGGCAGAGACAUCCUGAAACAUGGUGGCUCGGCUGUGGAUGCUGCAAUUGCUGCGUUGAUCUGCUCCUCUGUUUUAAACCCCCAGAGUUCGGGUCUGGGGGGCGGGGUCAUAUUUACCAUCUACAGUGCCACCACAGGAGAUGUUGAAGUGAUUAACGCUCGUGAGCGUGUUCCACUGGGUUUCACCAAAAAUCUCCUGGCUGGAUGUAAAGACCCCUUGCCAACAGGGAGCCAAUGGAUUGGAAUCCCUGGAGAACUUCGUGGGUAUGAAGAAGCGCACAGGCGUUAUGGCCGGUUGCCUUGGAAAUCGCUGUUUGACCCAACCAUCGAGCUCCUUCAGCAUGGAAUCAUCAUCCCUCCAGUUUUGAGCAUGUUUCUCAAUCAUCCUAUUUUACAGAAAAAAAGUAAAGAGUCUUCCAUAUGCAGCCAACUGUUCUGUAAGGAUGGAAAAUUCCCAAAGGCUGGGGAAACCUUCCAUUGGCCAGCCCUGAAGAAAACGCUGACUGAAGUGUCUUUGAAAGGCGCCAAGGAAUUCUACGAAGGCGAGAUAGCAAACCUGCUGGAGGCUGACAUAAGAAAAGCAGGUGGCAAUCUGACCAGGCGUGACCUCCACGGAUUCAAGGCAGAAGUGACACAACCCUUGAAUAUUUCUCUAGGCAGUUACACAGUAUAUUCUCCACCACCACCUGCAGGAGGUUUUGUUCUCUUAUUAAUCCUCAACAUAUUGAAAGGAUUUGACUUCACUGCACAGUCUGUGGAGACACCCAAUAGGAAGAUUGAGACCUACCAUCGUAUUGUAGAGGCCAUGAAGUUUGGCAAUGGGCAGAAGCCCAAACUGAAUGACCCAGAUUUCUCUGGUGUAGAAAAGGCAAAGAUCCAGAAACUCCUGUCUGAUGCUUUCGCUGAAGAUGCCAGGAGGCGAAUAACCGAGAAAGGUAACCAUGUGGACAAGUACUAUAACAUCACGCCAUUGGGAGAAGAAAGCCAUGGUACCACCCAUGUGUCUGUCAUCGCAAAAGAUGGCAGCGCUGUGUCUGCCACCAGCACCAUCAACUACCCGUUUGGCUCAAUGGUCUAUUCUAAUAGUACUGGGAUCAUCUUAAAUAAUGAACUUGCUGACUUCUGCCGGAAGAAGAUAAGCUUAUCUUCAGGAGAGAGACCACCCUCUGCUAUGGUUCCUUCCAUUCUUCUCUCCAAAGACAAGAAAUCCAUGCUGGUGAUUGGCGGCUCAGGUGGGGAACUGAUUAUCAGCGCUACUGCCUUGGCCAUUAUAAACAAACUCUGGUUUGGCUAUGACCUCAAGGAAGCCAUUGAAGAGCACAUUUUCCAUGUUAACACCACCAGCAUCCAGUUUGAGAAGGGCUUUGAUGAGAAUGUUAAGAAAGGAUUGCUAGAAAGAGGACACAGAGACCAGCCAAAUCCUCUAAUGCUUAAUGUCGUGCAGGGGGUUUCAAGGGAAGGGAGGUGCAUCUCUGCCUAUUCUGAUAAAAGGAAGAUGGGGAAGGCAGCUGGCUAUUAGCACAGGAUCCAGCCCAGCCCUGGAUUCAGCACACGAUUGUGGAUGGACCGGACAUCUCCUCCUGUACUUGUCAGACCUCAAGGCCUAGCAAGAAGAAUGGGUGAGACGCACAGUAACAGGCAACUUGGCAACAUGCUGCAAACUAUCUUCAGGAUGUACAGGUCAAAGCAGCCAGUCUCGGCUAGAAUCACACCCCUCCAUCCAUCCUAUCUGAGGUUGGCCCUGGGGCAGUAAGGACAGGAACAGGACUUGUCUGAUACUGAAAAAAAAAUGGUUUGUGAGCAGAGCAGCUAUUUAGAACAAGACUACAGAACCAGACCAUGACUGAGCCACACACACGUAGAAAGGGCGAGCAGGCCAAAAGCCAUGGGGGGAGGGGUGCAGCUGGCAGGCAGGCUGUAGGAGACAGCAGGGGGCUGGCUGCUUUCAAGUGGGCAGCUCUGUUCACACACUUGCCAGAAGUAGCUUGUAAAUGUGCUGGUUUUUGGCCACACUAUUAAUGUGAAAUAGGUAACUGCCUUAUGUCCCUUUUUUGGUCAGGUGUGUUUCAGCACCAUUGGGUGUAUCAGCAGAGCUGCAAGCAUGUGUGCACAGGUA